UUCUUCCUCAAGCAUCCUCUCGUUAAACCCUAAACCCCCACAGUCCUUCCCUCUAAAUUCUGUUUCCCGCCGGAGUUAUGACCUCGUCGGUUCUUCUACAGCGUCACCAGACCUUUUCGAGCCUUCUAUGUAAGCUCAUUUUCUCACGGUCCAUGGGCGGCGGUCCUCGGACCUUCCCUGGAGGCCUCAACAAGUGGCAAUGGAAGCGGAUGCACGAGAAAAGAGCGAAAGAGAAGGAGAAAAGGCUUCUUGAUCAGGAGAAGCAGCUUUACCAGGCUCGAGUUCGUUCCGAAAUACGCUGCAAGCUUGCUGGUGUGCCUGAUACUUCAUCGAAUUCGGAUCCUUCUACCAGUUAUUCCCCUAUGAGCCCCAGCGAGCACAUUAAAGCCCUAGCUAACAGGUUCAUGAAGGAGGGAGCGAUKGAUUUGUGGAAUGAAGAUGAUGGUCCGUUGAAGACUCCACUACCGAGGCCCCAUUUGCGCGGAGGACCAGGUCGGAUUGGAUCGAUUAGAUCGCCUGUUGACGUCAAAAAGCUGUUAACGGAGAAAGAUGAUGUAUUGGGAGGCCCCCGAAAUAUGGGUUUUGGAAAGGUAAAUGGUGAUAAUUUGAAGAGUAGGAGCUACUCGGUGCAAAUUCGAAGGAGCUUCCGCAGAAAUGAGAGUUCAUCAAGUGACGAUGACGUAAAUUAUAACUCAGGUGUCGAUUCGAUAAAACCUUUCGCGCAUAAGUUAGCCCCUAGCCCUGAUAAAAAUGUGAAAUCAAGAGAUCUUAACAAUCUUAGAAAUGACAGGAAGGCCGUAGCACAGAGGAAGAUAAAAUUUUGGAGAAAUGGGGGUUCAACAAGCGACGAUGAUUCAGAAGAAGAAUUGGGUAAUGUGGAUAAGGAAUCGAGAAGUUGGAAAGAUUUGAGAACUGGGAGUAGUGCUUCCUUGGGGAAAUGCGAUAUGAAAAUGAAGAGGAGGGUGCCUCCAAAAGCAUAUGAUGAAGAAAGUGAUUUUGCCGAGCAAGUUGAGUUGCUUAGACAUGAACUCAGAAAGAAGAAUGCAGCUGAAGACCACGGUGAGAAGAGCGAGGAGAUAAUUUUUACUCAGAAAAGAUUUGAUGGGUGUGGCAUAUCUCCACUGACAGUCAAAGCGCUUUCCUCUGCUGGAUAUGUUCAAAUGACUCGAGUACAGGAGGCUACUCUAUCUCAUUGCCUUGAAGGUAAGGACACGUUGGUCAAGUCGAAAACUGGCAGUGGAAAGAGUGUUGCUUUUCUGCUUCCUGCCAUUGAAGCAGUUUUGAAGGCUGCAUGUAGCAGCAGUAGUCAAAGGGUGCCUCCAAUUUUCGUUUUGAUUCUCUGCCCCACCAGGGAACUUGCUAGUCAAAUUGCUGCAGAAGCAACUGUCAUGCUAAAGUACCAUGAUGGCAUAGGAGUGCAAACUUUAGUUGGUGGCACUCGAUUUAAAGAUGAUCAGAAACGACUAGAAUCAGAUCCCAGCCAGAUUAUUGUUGCUACUCCUGGUAGAUUGCUGGACCAUGUUGAGAAUAAGUCUGGCUUGUCUGUGCGACUGAUGGGAUUGAAAAUGCUUAUACUUGAUGAAGCUGACCUCUUAUUGGACUUGGGAUUUCGAAAGGACAUUGAGAAAAUUGUUGACUGUUUGCCCCGCCAAAGGCAGUCAUUGUUGUUUUCUGCAACUAUUCCAAGGGAGGUUCGUCGAAUAUCGCAGCUAGUUUUGAAAAGGGAACAUGUUUUUGUGGACACCGUGGGCCUUGGUUGUGUGGAAACUCCUACUCAGGUCAGGCAGUCAUGUCUUAUUGCACCACACGAAUCUCAUUUUCAAAUUGUAUGCCAUCUCUUGAAGAAACAUAUCUUGUGCACUCCCGAUUACAAGGUUAUAGUUUUCUGUACAACAGGGAUGGUAACAUCACUCUUCCACGUUCUUUUCCGGGAAAUGAAAAUGAAUGUCAGAGAGAUGCACUCCAGGAAGCCUCAACUUUAUCGAACACGUAUCUCAGAUGAAUUCAAACAGUCAAGACAGCUCAUUCUUGUUACAUCUGAUGUUUCAGCUCGUGGUAUGAAUUACCCUGAUGUUACCUUGGUCAUACAGGUGGGCAUACCAUCUGACAGGGAGCAAUAUAUCCAUCGUCUCGGAAGAACAGGACGUGAAGGCAAGGAAGGUCAAGGUAUCUUGUUGAUUGCACCAUGGGAGCAAUAUUUCCUGGAUGAGUUAAAAGAUCUGCCUCUUGAAAGAUGCCCUCUGCCCCAGUUGGAUUCAGACUUAAAGCUAAAGGUAGAGGAAUCAAUGGCAAAGAUUGAUACCUCCAUCAAAGAAGGUGCAUAUCACGCAUGGCUAGGUUAUUACAAUUCAAUCAGGGAAAUUGGCAGGGAUAAGACUACUCUUGUAGAGCUUGGCAAGCAAUUUUCAGAGUCGAUCGGUCUGCAAAAGCCACCUGCUUUGUUUAGGAAGACAGCCCUAAAGAUGGGUUUGAAAGAUAUACCUGGAAUAAGAAUUCGGAAGUAGCUGCCAAUAGAAACAUUGAUCCAUAUCGUGUUUAUAUAUCACAAUUAGUAGGGGAAUGAGAACUUUUUGACACCCAAGAUUAAGGCUCGCCCGUAAAUGUGCAGGUUUGUUCAUCUAAAUUAUCAUCGUGGUUGAAGCAUUUUUAGCCUUGCUUUUAUGUUUAUUAGUUCAUUUUUGCCAUUUAAUUUAAAAAGCUACUGAAGUAGUUUUUGUUAUUGUGUUUCUUCUCUGAAGUUAGUUUGAGUAGCUGCUCCAAUGUGAAUUACUAUAAUCGAAUGCUGUUGCUACCUUGUGUAUAUUGUUUUACUCUCAGUUUGGUAAUGUUCCGUUUUCUUUUUAAAAUUUUGACACAAUUGUAGAAAUGUUCCUUAAAAAUGGAAACCUGAAACAUGAAGGUUCAUUUUGCCA